UACAAGGGCUUGGACAUCAUCACGAACAAAGUUUCUGCCCAGGAGCAGCGUCUGUGCAGACACCACAUGAUCAGCUUUGUGGACCCCCUUGUCUCCAACUACACGGUGGUGGAUUUCAGAGACAAAGCCGUGGGUCUGAUUGAAGAUAUCUUUGCCCGAGACAAGAUCCCAAUCAUUGUGGGAGGAACCAACUACUACAUCGAGUCCCUGCUCUGGAAAGUCCUUAUCAACACCAAGGAGAAGGCCAGCACAGCCCCCGGGCCGGUCACCGACAGGAAAGUGGAGCUGGAGCAGCUGGAUGGUGUCGAGCUCCAUCGCCGUCUGAGCCAGGUGGACCCAGAGAUGGCGGCCAAGCUGCACCCCCACGACAAGCGCAAAGUGGCCAGGAGCCUCCAAGUGUUUGAAGAGACGGGGAUCCCCCAUAGUGAAAUCUUGCACCAGCAGCAGGAGGAGGAAGGUGGGGGGCCCUUAGGAGGGCCUCUGAAAUACCCACAUCCAUGCAUCUUGUGGCUCCGUGCCGACCAGGCAGCUCUGGACCAGCGGCUGGAGAAGCGGGUGGAUGACAUGCUGGCUGCAGGACUGCUGGAGGAGCUGCGGGACUUCCACCGACGCUACAACCAAGAGAAGGUGGCUGAGAACCGGCAGGAUUACCAGCAUGGCAUCUUCCAGUCCAUCGGCUUUAAGGAGUUCCAUGAGUACCUCAUCAGUGAGGGGAAUUGCUCGCCUGAGACCAGUGCCCUGCUGCUGCAAAAAGGGAUCCAGGCCCUGAAACAGGUGACUAAGAGAUACGCCCGGAGGCAGAACAAGUGGGUCCGAAACCGCUUCCUGAAACGUCCUGGGCCCAACGUGCCCCCGGUGUAUGGCUUGGAGGUGUCAGAUCUCUUGCGGUGGGAGGAGGAUGUGCUGAAACCUGCUCUGGAGAUUGUGGAGAGCUUCAUCCAGGGACGCGAGCCUCCAGCAGAGCCUGUGAAGAUGGAAUACGACGUAAACGAGAACAAACGGAGUCAUCGCGUGUGUGAGCUCUGCGACAGAGUCAUCAUCGGGGACAGGGAGUGGGCAGCUCACACACGAUCCAAAUCCCACCUGCACCAUCUGAAGAAGAGAAGGAAGCUGGAGGCUGCCAGCCGUGCUGCAGAGACUGAGGGCGACAGGGGGGGUGCAGAGCCCUCGGGCCAGGACAGCAGCUCACCUUGGCCGUAG